UUGAAUCCUACCGUCCACCGACACACCGCCUCAGCAGAGAGGCUUCAUCCGAGGAGCGUUGUUGACGGUGAAACGCACCGCGGCUGAAAAAAAAAAGUAGGGUUUUAUAUAUAGAGGUGUUGCGUUUACUUUAAUGUUCGCCUUUUUUUAAAGCGUGAAACAAGAUUUAAUUUGCAUUUAAAUUCCUCGCGUUUUAUGUUUUCCAUCAUUUUGAAUGGAGCGAUGUCCAGCGGAGACGGCGCACAUUGCGAUGGGACGCGGUGUGUUGUGUUGACAGGACUCGGCAUCGGCCACCAGGACCUGAUUGAAAAUUAUUGGUAAUCGAUUAGGAAAAACAAUCAUGUGCUUUCGUUAUUGACGGAAUGUGAGUAGCAGCACUUGUUUCCCCAGAUUCAUAAAGGAUUUUCCUUUGAAAGCUUACUGAGGGUAUUCAGUUCAUGCACAGGUUGCGCUAGCAUCACAUUCAUAUUUUUUUGCUGUUUUAUCAUCGGCUUGUGAAAGAGGAGAGUGAGAAAUAGUACGAUACUUUCAUACUUUGAACAAUGUAUUCGUAUUUUAACACAAUUCCGCAAUUGAGGCUUGGUUAAUUGAGUUUUGACAGUUAAUUGCAAGCCACCGUUUAAACGAACUGACUCACAGCCAGGGCAGUCAUGGCUAAAAAUCCGUCCGAGGGACCGAGGGAUGACCUGAGCCAGCUGACGGACGAGGAGCUGCUGAGGUGCAGCAAAGAGGAGCUGGUCAGGAGAUUAAGGAGGGUUGACAGCGAGAAAAUGAACUUGAUGAUCGAGCAUGGCAACAUGAUGAAAGACAUCAACCGCCGGCUGCAGGUGCACCUGCACGAAAUCCGGAGCCUGAAGGAAAUCAACCAGAAGCUGCAGGACGACAACCAUGAGCUCCGGGAGCUCUGCUGCUUCCUGGACGAUGACCGACAGAAGGGCAAGAAGCUGUCCCGGGAGUGGCAGCGCUUUGGCCGCUACACUGCCAGUGCCAUGUGGAAGGAGGUGGGCACCUAUAUGAUGAAGCUGAAGGAGCUGGAGGCCAACCAGGAGACUGUGCUGAGGGAGAACUCAGAGCUGAAGGAGAUCAUCCUCAUGCUGGAUGAGGAGAGGAACGGGGCAGGGUCCAGGAGCUCCAUAGACAGUCAGUCCAGUUUGACCAACCUGAACGGGGGCACCGGCACGGUCAGGGAUGUCGGUGAUGGGAGUAGUACGUCCAGCACAGGUAGUGCUGGUAGUCCUGAUCACCACAACCACAACCACAUACACAAGCCCACCUCAGAGAAUAGUAAGAUGGGCCCCACCAUGAGGAGGUCCAUGGAUGACCUGUCAGCACCGCACCAUCACAGGAGCAUCCCCAAUGGACUCAAUGAUUCCUCCUCCAACUACAUCAGGCAGCUGGAGACUAAAGUGCGGAUCCUGGAGGACGACAACAAUAAGCUUCUCUCUCAGGCUUAUAGCCGGUAUAGCUUAUCACAGAUACAGAUGAAAAAGCAGUGCAACCCAGGUGACCUUCGUGCCCUGAGGAAGGGUAUGACCCUCUACCACUCAGAGUCCCAGCUGUCCUCACUGCCCCAACGCCAGGACGCCAUGCACAUGGGUACGGGCCGUCUCCCAACCAGUGAGUCCUCUCCUGCCACGGGCUACCUGUCCUCCGUCCAGAAGCCUGAGGCCGUGGUGCAUGCCAUGAAGGUGCUGGAGGUCCACGAGAACUUGGAUAAGCAGCUUCCCGAGGACUAUGAGGAUGAUCUCAGUGAGAAAGAGAAGGCCAUUGUGCGAGAGAUGUGCAACGUGGUGUGGAGAAAGCUGGGUGAUGCAGCGGGAUCAAAGCUGUCCAUCAGACAGCACCUCUCUGGGAACCAGUUCAAAGGGCCGCUGUAGCAUGGCAACCAGCGCGAGACAGAGAGAGAGAGAGAGAGAGAGAGAUCGGGAUCCACAGUACCUACACUCACCUGAAAACACCUCUUGCUACCUGCACCUACACAACCCAUCAUGCCAUGCUCCCUUCUUGCCUACAGCACCCAGGAUUCCUUCUACAAGCACUCUCUUAAGACUGGCUAAGAUAGCUACUAAAUGGACCUGUUAGUCUGCUACUCACAUGUACAACAUUACGUGUUCAACAGGUUUUUAUCUCUGAGCUUAUUAAGCGUUGACAACUGGCAGCUAGUUUCACUGAUUCGCCACUUUUCUUCGUUGAUUUGGAGGCUUUAGGCUACACAAUCAUCUCUCUCUGUAAACAGGAUAUUCCAGGCUCAAAUAAAAGCUAUUAACACACCAUGUAUUGUCCUUUUAGAGUAUAGCUGUGCUACAUUAAGUUAGCGACACAACAUGGUUUCAAGCACAGAACAGAUGAGGCCACGGGGGCAGAAAAUUUCGUAGCAUGUCGUUGGGAUGUGAAGGCAACAUCGUGGCGGUAUCUUCAGAUAAGUUUUGAUAGUACCUCCUGUAGAGACCCUAGCUCCUGUCACAUGUAUUGCCCCCUAGUGGUCAACGAGUAUAACUAGCAUUAGCAUUCUAAAGUGUUAACUAAGUGAAACCCACUGUGACCUAGCGCCUUUUGCUCAUAAGACAAGUCUAUGGAUAAUAAAGUCUAGAGAUCACUGUUAACUUGUGUAUAUUAUGUAUAAAACCAUAGCACUACUUCAUUGUUAUUGUUGAUUUUACUUUUAUCUAUUUUGUAAUUCUAGCGUGGCCAUGUGAUCAAUGAUUUAGUUUGAAAAGCACACACAACCGGACCUUUAAACAGGGUUUGCUUUUGGUAAUAAAAUCAAUUUUUUUUUUUUUUAAAUUCUUUUCCAGAUGAAUUGCUAUUAUUCCUUCUCUCUGUAACCUCUGAAAAUGUAUGAAGGCCAUUCUGAAUCAAACCAUCUCAGUGAGUUAAUGGGUAGAUCAUUUUCUUACUUUGAAUUGUGAAAUUAACUAAAAUUGUAUGCUGUGUGCAUGCUUGACAAUCAUUUUCUCAGGUUGGGAGGGCUACAGCUUUACCUUUGCCCAUCUGUGACAACGCGUGUGUGUGUGUGUUUGUGUGCGUGAAAGGAGACUGAAUGGUUCUCUUGCAGCUGUAGCAUCUGCCUGUGAAUCCUCUUUUUCUCUAUCGAACCCUUGUUACAACACGGUUGAAGACUGCUGAAGACAUUUACUGAAUCCAUAAGGGAUAGAACUCUAUUUUAUGGCCAAUGAUAAACUUUGUGGAAGAGCUUUGCACAAAAGUUCAGAUUGAGUUGAGUUAGCUCUGAAUUUCUGCUUUGUCGUUUUAUUUCACAGAUGAAAAAAAGUUAUUUUUUUUCUUCCUGAACUCUUUUGUUCUGUCAUGGAUUCAGCAGGUGUGUUUAUGCAGUGCAUGUUUUAUUAAAGUUGAAUCUCUUUUUUUUUUUUUUUUUUUUUUUGUAGAAUGUGAGAGAUAAGUCUUCCCUUAGAUGUCUCCUGAAAACACUAACAUUUAAAAAUUAGUAUUUCUUGAUGUCAGAAUGAACAAACAGUGUCAGUCAAAAAAAAAAAGUAUUUAUUGCCAGGUGUCAGAUAGAGAUGGGAGCGCUUUUUAGUAACCGAACAGUCAUUGACAACAGACUUUAUCAGAUUUACUCCAGCUGUGAAGUUAUCUGAUAAACCAGUACAGUGACUGGUAGCUCAGGCUCUCCCAUCUCUAGUGUUAUUUGUUCCAAAUUAGAACAUUUCUGAGGCUGCUCACCAUGGCACCUCUGUUCUCUCAAAUAAUGGGUCUAAAGAAAUAAAUCAAAGUAUGUGUUUUUAAAAGUGUCCUUUUUUCUAGGAACUGAUUUGAAGCCAUGAUACAAUUUUGAAUAUUUGAUUUGAGAUGUGCCACAUUUAUUUUUUCUCUACAUGGUGUUUUGAUUUGGAACCUAAUUGCUUUUUUUUUUUUUUUUUUUUUUUUUUUAAACAUCUCUAGUGUUUCUUUUCUUCUGCCUAUGUGCUACAAACCACAGUACAGAAUCCUAGAAUCUACAGUGUAAAUGUCAAUUCCUGUAGUAACUAGCAUGACUGUAACUUCUUUUCAUAAAUUUCACUGAUGAGAUGACUAUUGGCAGGUGAAACUAAAAGAUGAAAUAGGCCACUUUUAGAAAAAAUUUGGGAGAAAAUAAAUGAAGUUGGUUAAUGAUA